AUCUUGAAAAAAAAUGUUUUUUUCAGUGGGCUACCAGAUAAAAAGAAGAAGAAAUUGGCAUAUAGACCAUGUUAUGGCCGACUUGACGAAAUACGUUCACUUGUUGGGGGACAUGUACCAGUAGUGGCUCUGACAGCAACAGCUACAGAGGAAACCAAAGCUGUCAUUAAAAAGCAACUUUGUAUGGAUAACUGCACUGAGAUUAUGGUAAAUCCAGACAAAAAGAAUGUGACAUACUGGGUACAUAAUUUACUGUCAGAUGAUAUUUGCACCAAUUUUAGAUGGUUAGUAAAUUUAUUACGAGAAUACAAGCAAGCCACUUCAAGGAUGAUUAUAUUCUUUAGGCAAAUCAAACACAUGGCAGACGUAUAUGAAUAUCUUGAAACAUCCCUUAAACGUGAUGCUUACAUUGACUUCAAAGAGGGUGGACCAAAUGAUAAUAGAAAUCGCCUUUUUGACAUGUUCCACAUGAAAACUGAUGAUGACGUAAAAGAUUUUAUUUGUACAUCCUACAUGAAUCCAAACGGUAAUAUAAGAGUUGUUCUAUGUUCAACAUCAUUUAGCAUGGGUCUGGAUGUAAAAGGUGUGGAUACAGUUAUACAUUAUGGUCCAGCUAAUGAUGUUGAUGACUAUGUACAAGAAUCUGGUCGAGCUGGUAGAGAACCUUCACAACAAUGCAAUGCUAUUCUGCUAACUUACAAAAGAUGCUUAGGAAGUCAAAAUAUAUUCCCAACUAUGAAAGAAUAUGUUAAAUCUAAAACAUGUAGACGGGCAUUUAUUCUAAAUAUAUUUAAAACAAUUGUUGAACAUGCACAUAUACCUCACUUUUGUUGUGAUAUUUGUCGUCUCUCAUGCAAAUGUGCAUGCAGUUGUGAAGAUGAAUGUGUAUGUACAAACACUUGUAAUCAAGUCCUUCCUAAUAUAUACACAGCUAUUAUGUCUAAUGAGGACAGUGAUGAUAGUGAUGAUAAUAAUGACAAUGAUAUUACCGAACUCGAUGAUAUGUUUUCAAGUGAUAGUGACAGUGAUGUUUUAGAAUCGUCAACAAGAAAACCACAAGUCAUUUACAGUUCAGAUGAUGAAAUGUUUUGA